GUAAUUAUGAAAAAUAGUGAAAAACACUGAAUAAAAAGUGUUUUGCUUGACUCAUUUCACCGGCUACCACCGUCAGCCAUCUUUAAUAAUUUCAUCCAAAACAUUAGGCAGCGAAAGGAUGAUUGUCCGACCAGUUCUUGGUUCCCUUAGGAGGUUGGCCUCGCAGGAUGUGGUGAGCCGCUGUCUGUCAGUCAACGUGCCUGCCCUUGCCAAGGCGGCCGACCCCGUCCAGCAGCUUUUCAUCGACAAAAUCCGCGAAUACGCACAGAAGAGCAAGGCUGCAGGCGGCAAGUUUGUUGACGCUUCGCCCGAAAUCCAGAAGGAAUUGGCCAACGAUUUGGAAAAGGCCGCCAAGCAAUACGGAGGUGGCGCAGGGGUAGAUAUGACCAAGUUCCCUUCUUUCCAAUUCUCCGAACCCAAGAUCGACCCCAUCAACGCCCAGUCAUCAUAAACAAUUAUAUAAUGAGUAGCCAUGUUAUGAAAUUUGGAACAGCCCUCAAAAGAUCCUGGGCUUGUCGAAUUUGUUCUUAUUGUAAAAUAAACAACUGUUGUUAGUAGUA